AUGGACAAAGGUGGGAUCGAUUGGCUCGAUGUUUUAUGGCGACAAAUGGGCGGGUGCGAGGAGAAGGACGACGACGAAUUAACGGAAGCCGAUGAUGACAUGGCGCAUGAUGCAGGCCACGAUCUCAUCUACGAUGUCGAUUGUGAAGGCACGUGGGCCGAUGCUGCAGAGACUCAAGAGGAAGUUGUAGAAGAGGGGAACGCGGCUGCUGAAGAAGAGGGAGGCCCGGCACCAGGUGCAGAGGAAUGGGCAGGUGGAGAAGAGGGAGGCCUGGAAGCAGGUGCAGAGGAAGGGGUCCGUGAAGAAUUGGGAGGCCAGGAAGCAGGUGCAGAGGAAGCGGACGAUGAAGAGACGGAGUUCGAAUAUUGCGACGCGAUCCAGAACGAUCAAGAAGGGCAAGCAGAGGGAGAGGACGACGAAGAGGAGGACACCGAGUACAUGGACGCAAGCGAGGGAGACGACGAUGAUGACAGUUCGGAUGACGCGGAUGAUGAAGAGACGGAGACCGAUUUUAGCGAUGCUAGUGAUGACUACAUGGAGGAGGGGGAAAGAGAUGAGCAGGGUCAGGAGGCCAACUAUCUGCACAGGAACGACCUUUGCAAGGACAACGGUCUGCGCGGGGUCGACGAACCUCACGGGGCCGACGACCUUCCCAGGGUUGGCGAUCCGCGCAGAGCCAACGACAUUCGCAGGGCCAAUGAUCUACGCAAAGACAAUGACCUUCGCAGCGCCAAACACCAUCGCAAGGCCAAGAGGGGGAGAAUUUAA